CAACAGCACAGUUCCAGCAAUACACAAGCCCUCUGUGGCUCAAAAUAAAAUCAACUCGACGAGACUAGAGGGAACUUGAUUUUCUGUUGCUAUAGUUCAUGCAAGGAUCUUCAGCACUACUUUGCAAAAUCAGGGUCUUAGCGGACCAGUCAAGAAGCUAUCUAAGUCUAGGAACCAUCAAUAUUUUCAAUUUUCUUUGCUCCGUCGGCAGCAUGGUCCAUCUCAGUCUUUCUCUCUGGCGCUUUUGUCUCCUUUCCCUUCCGCUUGCCUCUUCCUUAUCUAUUCCCCAAAAGGCUAUCGUGGAAGAGUCAGAAGAUAGCACGCUCAUCCGGGAUCUCGUAAUCGAUGAUGCUGAGCUCAAUAUAACUGAUUACACGUCUCUGGAUGAGUGGAACCCGGCAGAAUGGGACUACGAUGUUGUCAUUGUCGGUGGUGGCCCUGCCGGGUUGGCUGCAUCCAUGUCUCUCGCUCGAGUUGCCCGAACAUCCCUCUUGUAUGAUUCGCAAGAGUACCGGAAUGAGCAGACACGAUACAUGCACGAUGUAUUGGGCCAGGAUGGUCAGGUACCAUUAAAAUUCCGAUCGACAGUUCGCCAGCAGAUCGAGCAAUUGUAUCCUGAUUACUCUUUCUGGGCCACACGCAAGACAAAGGUUAUUGGCAUUGUUCCACUCGAAAAGGGAUUCCGGGUCUACGACGACAAAGGCGGAAAGGUCACCUCGAAGAGGGUCAUCAUGGCCACGGGUAUCAAGGACGUACUACCUGAUAAGCCAGGCUUUGCGGAAGCUUUUGGCAGAGGCAUGUUUUGGUGUCCCUGGUGUGAUGGACACGACUAUAAGAAUCGCAAGCUAGUCGUGUAUGGUAAGCUUGCAAGUGCCAUUGGCUCUGCGCUGAACAUGAGGAAGUUGACUACCGAUAUAACCAUCGUUACUGGCGGCCCGCUAAGCAAAGAGGACAAGGAGGCAGCAGAAACACGUUGGCCGGGUUGGGAAACAGUCCUCAAGAAUUCCUAUAAGAUCCCUAUUCGGGAAAAUGACAUUACCAAGGUUGAACGUACUACGACGAGUAUGGAACCCAAGGAUGAUCAGUAUAAGGUCUACCUCAAUGGUGGUGGUCCGUUGGACGCGAAUGGAAUCAUAAUCCACGUGUCUACUGUUCAGACGUCCAGUCUUCCCAAGCAGCUGCGUUUGAAUAUGGAUGGGAAUGGGGUCAAAGUCAAUGACAACAAGGAGUCAAGCGUUAAUGGCCUAUAUGUUGUUGGUGAUGCCAACAAUGAUGGUAGCACCAAUGCUUACCACGCCAUGUGGAGUGCGAAGCGUGCUGCAGUCCACGCCCACGUCUCUAUGUCGAAACAGGAAUACCUGGACAGCGUUCCUUCAGCCAUGGUGGCAGUGGCAGGAGGACAUGAAGACUUCUACCGCCGCCAAAUGGAAGAGCUUGAGUCUCAUAUUGGAGACGAUGUCGAGCAAAUGUACAAGGCGCUUGGUGGCUGAAAUGUAAGGUCUCUAAAUCGAGGAAAAGCUUUCAACCGAUGGUAGACCGUCUAGUGAAAUGGUUUCUAGAGGAAACCAAAGAGUAUAUAAGUGAUGGCAUGAUUUUUUUGUAUCCUAUCAUGUAUGUACGUAUUGCAGGACUUUAGGUCAAUAGAAAAAUAGUGUCAGAGGCGUCGCUACAUGAAAUCCCGUCUUAUUG